GCCUUUCCUUCAUUUUUAACUUGACAUUUCACAAUUUACACUCUCUCUCUCUCCAAACUGUUUGUCUUUCUUCUGUGUUUUUCUGUGUAAUUAAAGUGUGGUAAGCUGAGAAAUGGCUUCUUCAGCUGCGCCAUUGUUAGCUGGCACAACCACACCAUCAAAAUCAAACUAUCUAGGAUUAAGGCAUGUUAUUGUUCCACUUUCCAACCUCAAAGUUACAAAAUUUAACCCCUUAAAACUGAAAAUGGAGGAGAGAGAAAAUGAGGGUUUUUGUGUUUCUUCAAUGUCUGUUGGAGUCAAAUCAAGAUUUGGGUCUCUUAGAGGAGGUGGUGCUGUUUUGGAACGACCCACUUUUGAUCAGUCUCAAUUUGACCCAUCAACCCAAGUUCAAGAAGGAGGAGACAUUGGCCGAGUAAGGGAUAAGAGAAGUACUGGAAGUGGAGACAGUUAUAGGGUUUUGCUGCUUGAUGAUGAGCGUCACUCAGAAAAACUUGUUUUGAAGGUGUUGCCACAAGCUGUUCCAUCUGUUACUCCAGACGAUGCAAGAAGAAUCUUCAGUGAAUCACGGCAAAAUGGUGUUGCAGUGGUUAUAGUGACAGUGAAGGAGCACGCCGAAUUUUACUCUCAAAUGAUGAUCCGAGGGGGCCUACUGUCAUCUAUUGAACCAGAUUCACAAACUGUAUGAUGUAACCUGGAAGGGAUGCAAAAUUUUGUAGUAGAUGAUAUCUGAGUGUAAUUACAGGAAUAUAAAAAACACAUAUGAAUAGCAUAAGUUUUGUAGCCUGUUAUUCUUGGCACCUAGCAAAAUUAUUUUUGCUAUAAGUUACUGUUGAACUAGUUCAGGAUAAAUAAUUACAUUUUACGUUCCGAAAUUUAUGAAGAGAUAUACUGUAUCAGAGAUGGAUACACCUCUAUUUAUAACAUACAUGUCCAUAUAUGGUGCUCCCAGCCCUGGUAGCUGCGUGCGCGUGAUCUGCAGAAUGACUAUGCACUUAAUUUGAGAUGAUCAUGAACCUUUUUUGUAAUGGGUUUACAACAUAUUGUUCAUGACUAUGUAAUGUGUUUAUCAUUAGUCUAAGCUCAAUUAUUUUCAUUUUCUUAAAGGA